AUGCACGACGCAUCCGCAACGAAUCCACUUCCAGUUGCCUCACGCAGCAGCAGCAACAGCAAUGACCACGUGCGGCGCAACCGCCUGACCAUGGAGAAGAUGAUCCUGAAGAACGUGGCCGCGUCCCGCAACAGCACAAAGAACCGCGCGCAGCAGAUUGUUGAAGCGCUCAAGAAGAAGCGGUUGCUCGAAGCCGAAGAGGAAGACGCUGCAGUGGACCGAGCCGAGCGGGCGCUCAAGAAGAAGAAGACGGAGCCGACACUAUCGUCGUCCCCGCCGUCGUCGACGGACGUCUCGGCCCGAACGGCGCUCGCUGCCGGCAUCCUCUCGCCUGCGCGGCAUUCUAAACCUCAAACCGCUCCUGUGGCAGCUUUCGUGAGUCCCAGUCGACGUCCAGCGCCGUUAUUACAGAGUCCGACGCUCUUAAGAGCGAGUCCGGCGCGGUCCCAAGGUGCCGUGAAGCCGCUGCACUUGCCGAGUCCCGUACGACCACCGAGGAGCUCGGUCUUCUUGGCCAGUCCAGCAAGGCUGAAGCCCCGUGGCGCUGGCAUCGCUGCAAGUCCAUUGAGGAGACGUCAAGAGCUGUUCACGAGUCCAUUGAGACGCGGAGGCGCCGCCGCGCCGUCGCCCAAGCGGCCGCUUGUGUUUGAUGAUGCAGCGGUGGAGACAGGACGGGCUACAAGAGCUGGUGGACAGCCGCCGCUGUUGUGCGCAGCGCUGGAACAAGUGGAAGCAGAGACCGCGGUCACAACGACGCUGACGAUGAAAAGCGGGACGAAACCCACAGCCAAAUCGCCGUUCCAGUCGUUCCAGGCCAAAGUGAGGCAGUCGCCUGCAAAGCUUGCACGGGUGAUGACUAGUCCAGGAUGCGAACUUGGACAGGACAGCCAGUUGACACGCACUGAGGCAAUGUCGGUCAGACCGCGCGCGGGUCCCAUGUUGGUGGACCUAACGCAUUCAGGCGGCGCUGUGGCCUCAGACGCUAAAGCGACGACAAGUACGGCUGCUGUUAUGGAAAGUGGUAGUGCUGGUGCUACAUCCGUGGGUCGGAGUUCUAGCGUUUCCACGUGUAUAUCCAAGCCGAUGCGCCAGUUCCUGUCAUCUACAACUCGUCCCGUCGUUGCGCAAAAAUCGAUCUGCUUUUCAACGGAAGGCGUGGCAACAGCGCUGGAUGUGACGCCAGACGGUGAAAUUAUUGUCGUUGGGUUUAUAGACGGCUCGGUGCGGCUGUAUGAGAUGGACAGUAGUGUCCCCAGUGACCGUCACGGAUAUUUGCUUGGUCACAUUGACGAGCAGUCUGCACAGGGUUCGUCUAGUGCCCACUUGCGAGUGAAAAUCUCGCCUGACGGUCGUUACGUCUUUGUCGGUUGUCGACAAGGCCCGCGUGUUGUCAUGAGCAUCAAUCUGGACCAUUACCGAAGCGAAAAAGAUGGCGACGACGACAAUUUUGAGCAAUGCCAUAAGCACUUCCAUUCAAACGGCAAACUCCGGGGAUUUGCUGAUGUGACCACAUACGUCCCACAAGCCAAUUCUCCACAUGGAGAGCAGCAAGAGAGCAGAAACAAAAGAUCUGCAUAUUACAUUCUCACUGGACUUGGCGUUGGCAAUCUGAACUUGUGGCGCUUUGUGGAGCCGGAACUGCACCAGCAAGAACCGAUUUGGGAACAUUUGCAAAAUUUUGGUGCUGGAGGUAACACAGCAAUGACAGGGGCUUUUCUGCCGUCAAGCAUCUCUCCUGGCGUAUUGACCAUUGCAGCUGUUUGCAAAGACAAAAAUGUCCGUGUGUGGCCGCUGGAAUUUAUGAAGCAGUCAUCGAGCUCAACUGGGAAGAGCAACGACGAGUGUGCAGCAGAACCCGGUGACAUUGGAUCUUUUGAAGGAAACCACGCUGUGACUUCUCACUUUAACAUCCCAAAUACCUCGGAUGUCAUUGCCAUUCACGGUCAGUACGCGUACGGAAUUUCACUCAUGGGUGAAGCCUACCGGAUCUACUUUCCAGACUCAUCAAAUUUGCACUCCAGCUCUUUGGAGCAAGCACCUCGCCAAGAGUUUGAGCUGGAAAAGAUUGAUGGUGGUGGCGGUAGUACAUCGCGUCGAUCUAACGUUAUGCUUGAGUCACUUUCGGCAAGUGAUGACGGCAAGGCCAUCAUUGCCGUCUCUACUGAGGGCAUUUUCUACUACUCGAACAAGUUACCCGACGUAGGUUCUAGCGGGGUGGCAGGUCUGUGCAUCAUUGGCAAGAAUGCCUCGGAAAAUACGCUGUUCAAGACCCCAAUGAAGGUGUAUACGCCACAUAUUACGUUGAAUGGCAAGAAAGCACAGUCCGAAGCUAUGAUGGCCGUGGUAACAAAUCCAGGUAACGAAGAUAUUGAGAAAGACGACGGCUAUAUUAACGUCGACCCUACGGAGGCGUUUGCAGCGCGGUGGAUGGUUCCGAGUCGUGGGAAUAGUUGUUGGGUGUGUGGCGUCCGUAACACGAGGCACUGGGUAGGACCACCCGAAUCAAAGACUAAAGAACUACAUCGUGCACAGUUGGCGUGUGACCAAAAAGAAAAGUUAAAAUGCCAGCGGCGGCGAGAAAGAGCAUUGAAGCGAGCAAAGGGUCUUAUUACUCAACCAAAAAUCAGUUGCAACGUUGACGAUGAAGAAACGAAAGUGUGUGGCAAGGCCAAAACGACGCCGUUGCCAAGCGAGAAAAAGGCUGUGGCGCCAAAACACACAAAUGCUCACUUUGAUGCUAAUUCCGACACGGAAGCAGCUCGACCACCAUCAGGCAACAGACGCCAAAUUUGUGGUGUUGAUGAUGAUGGCAACGAGGAUUACACGGGUAGCGACGACAACACCCCUUCUACUGCCUCUCUUGUUAGUGAGCUUGAGCAUCUCAAGAAGCGCAAUGCAGAGAUUAAGACUGAGUGGCAGCGACGGUUGCAAGGAGAGCGGCAACUUCGUCGCAAGUGGAAGCAGCGCGAAGAAGAGUUUCUUGACCAGCUCAACGACUCGUUGACGAAAUUGGAUGCUGCAGAGGUGGAAGGGGAUCGUCUACGAGUGCUACUGCGUGACGCAGAAAAGCGAUUUGCGUUCGAGAAGGCGUGUACGGAGCAGGAGAAUUCGGUAAAGGCAAGGUACGAGCAACUCUGUGAGCACAUGAGCGAUAAGCUGGCGCUCGUGGCCGACCAGAAGCGCUUAUUGGAGCAGACAACGCGCAGCUUAUUGGCAGAAGUGGACCGCAACGUGCACGCACUAAAGAACGCCGUGAUCCUCGAGAAGAGCGAGUGUGUGGUGUGCAAGGAUCAGCAAGCUGUGACUGCCGUCGUGCCGUGCGGCCAUUUGUGUUUUUGCGAAACGGACGCCGAGACGUAUCGGCGCAGCUGCACGUCAGAGUAUCCCACGUGCCCAAUUUGUCAGCAAGAAAUUGUCUCGCUUCUGCGAAUUUAUACAUAG